GAGAUCCCUUGAGCUACACAGUUUCCAAAAUUUCUCAAAUCCGACGCGGUCGCUGCCAAUCCGCGGCAGAAAUCGACGCCGCCUCCACCUCCAGCCUCCCAUCUCAUCCGUCGUCAGCCACCCACAAGUCCCCUCCCCUCCUCAGUCUCUUUCUCUCGGUCUAGCGCGCCACCGCCUCCUCCCUCCACCUCAACCUCCAGAAUCCAGAUACAGGGGUUAUACAAAUCUUGUGCUAAUUAGCGAAAUGUACAACAAUGUGGGAGGCCAGCCUGGGGUGGGAAUGCCGAAGGCAUCUCCGCAGCCGAAUCCGUUUGGGAAUACGUUUUACGGUGCUAGUUCAGGACUUAUCCGUGGUGGAUUGGGUGCAUAUGGAGAAAAGAUUUUAGGAUCAAGCUCUGAGUAUGUACAAAGCAAUAUCAGUAGGUAUUUCUCUGAUCCGCAAUACUACUUCCAAGUGAAUGACCAGUAUGUCAGGAACAAAUUGAAGGUCGUUCUAUUUCCAUUUCUCCACAGGGGCCAUUGGACCAGAAUAACUGAGCCAGUAGGAGGCAGGCUUUCUUAUAAGCCCCCAAUCUAUGACAUCAACGCACCAGACCUAUACAUUCCGUUUAUGGCAUUUGGUACCUAUGUGGUUCUGGCUGGCUUCUCAUUGGGUCUUCAGGGAAAGUUUAGCCCUGAAGCUCUAAACUGGUUGUUUAUCAAGGGCUUGCUUGGCUGGUUUAUGCAAGUUGCACUACUGAAAGUAUCAUUGCUUUCCUUGGGCGGUGGUGAGGCACCAUUGCUUGACAUGGUGGCAUAUGCUGGGUAUGCUUUCACGGGGUUGUGCUUGGCUGUACUUGGACGGAUUAUUUUGAGCUACUCGUACUACUUUUUGAUGCCUUGGACGUGUAUAUGCAUGGGAGUCUUCUUGGUGAAGACUAUGAAGAGAGUUCUCUUUGCGGAGGUGAGGAGUUAUGAUUCAAGCAAGCACCAUUAUCUGUUGCUCUUUAUUGCUUUGGCUCAGUUGCCCUUGUUUACAUGGCUUGGCAACGUUACUGUUAAUUGGCUCAUAUAAAACCGCUUAUUCUGUACGAGUUAGAACCCAUUCCUGUUUAUAGAAGUUUCUGAAAUCUUGUAUACAGUUUCUUUGUAUUAAUUUCGGUCCACGACUUUUGCUCCCAGAUUUAAGAAUUUUUAGAAAUAUUUUUCGAGUGUUUUUAGGGGGGUUAUCAAGUAAUUGUAAUCAAAAGCAGUAAAUCUGACUUGAAAAUUUGUCACUGAAGGGAGAAACCCCAUUCCGAUUG